AUGGGUGCCCUCUGCUGUAGACCACAGCCCGUGGACUUUGACGGGGAAGUCAAUCUUUUCCACUUUAUCCUCCUACGAUGCGUCGGUAAAGGUGCCUUUGGAAAGGUUCGGAUGGUCCAACACAAACAGACGCAAGAAUUGUACGCCCUAAAGUACAUCAACAAAGCCAAGUGUGUCAAGAUGAAAGCCGUCGCCAAUAUAAUUCAGGAGCGAAAGUUACUCGAAGAGAUCGAUCACCCAUUCGUUGUCAACAUGCGGUAUGCUUUCCAGGACGACGAAAAUUGUUUCUUUGUGCUAGACUUGAUGCUCGGAGGCGAUCUGCGAUUUCACCUUGAAAGAUCAGGGUCUCUUUCUGAAGACACGGUGCGGUUUUAUGUGGCGGAAAUUGCGUCGGCACUGGCAUAUCUCCACGAGAAUCGCAUCACGCACCGCGACUUGAAACCAGACAACAUCCUCCUCGAUGCCUCCGGCCACGCCCAUCUAACGGACUUCAAUAUCGCCGUCCACUUCUCUGAACGCCGACUACUAUCCGGCGUCGCAGGAAGCAUGGCCUACAUGGCCCCCGAGAUCCUCGCCAAGCGCGGAUACACCUACACCAUCGACUGGUGGUCUCUCGGCGUGUGCGCCUACGAACUUCUCUUUGGCCGUAGGCCGUUUAAGGGAAGGACAAACACCGACUUGACACAUAGCAUCACAAAGGACCAUUUGCGAUUCCCGGAAGACGCGGAGAAGAAGUGCAGUCGUGCUGCUCUGCAGGCUGUCAAGGGUUUCCUGGAGAGAGACCCUUCGCGACGGUUGGGAUGCAAAUCCGGGGAAGGCUUCGAAGAACUCCGACGUCAUCCCUGGUUCAGCUGUAUCGACUGGACAGCACUCGAAACGAAGUCGAUACCUCCGCCCUUCAUUCCUGACUCGAAGAAAGCCAACUUUGACGCGUCCCAUGAAUUGGAAGAACUCUUGCUAGAGGACAACCCGCUGAAAGCCAAGACGCGCAAGAACCGAGAUGUCAACACCCUGAGUGUUGAAAUGCGACAGAUGGAAGACCAAUUUGAGACCUAUGACUUCAAGAAGAUGCUACGCCGCUCUUAUUAUCCGCAUAACCAGCAGAUAGUGUCAUCCUUCACCGCUGCAACGUCGUCAUCGGGUGGUCCGAUAGCAUCGAGACCUGUGACACCAGCUGCUACCGAGCAGCGGCUGACGCGCAUUACUACAUCAGAAGACUGCUCACCGUACACUGGUUGCGAACCUGUGCAAAUGAAGAACGUGCAGUACGGAGAGAAGGCUUACUCAUGA